AUGGAGGAGGAAGGGCAUGGAGAUCUUAGAGUCCCCAUCAUAUCUGGGGUGUUCUUCGUUUCCUCUAUAACCGGUGGAAUCCUCCUCAUUAUGUGGCUUUCCGAUGUGAACGGCUCACAGCCCUGGUUUCCAAUCUUGGCAUUGAUCUUGAUAAGCUUCCCAUGGGUUUUCUGGUUCUUCACCUACAUCUACACCUUCAUCAAACCCUGCUUCCGGCGGGACGACGGACGGGGUGUCAACCGCGACGUCAGCAGAAGACCGCCCGCCGCCACCGCAAAGCGCGCGUCAUCGUCCGUGCGAGACUCUCCGGUGAAUUCUCCCACCGGAAAGCGGCAAGUGCAGUUCGGGGCGGUGGUUGUCAUGGACGAGGGAGGUGGCGGUAAUAGCCGGGAUGGCCACCACGACGGCGGUGCCGGUGAUGUAUCGGUUGCCUCCUCCAAGGAAUGUGAAAUGCCGUUGACCCUAUCGGCUUCAUCUUGA